AUGGCUGCGCUAGCAUUUAGAGGCCCGCUGUUUUUUCGUCAAAUGUUCGAAAGCACUUCCUCGACCUAUACAUACCUUUUGGCAGAUCUUCGUACCAAAGAAGCUUUAUUGAUAGACCCCGUUCUCGAAACCGUUGAACGCGACGCCAAACUUAUUGAACAACUCAAGCUCAAACUGGGACCAAUCAUGAAUACACAUGUUCAUGCCGAUCAUGUAACUGGAAGUGGUAUGCUGAAGCGUCGCUUCCCAGGGAGUUUUAGUGUCCUGGGCAAGUACGACGAAGCAAUGGCGGACCUGAUAGUAAAAAACGGGGAUAAAAUCCCCCUCGGAAAAUUCGAACUUGAGUGUCGAAGCACUCCAGGUCAUACGAUUGGCUGUAUGACGUACGUUUUGCAUGAAGCUGGGCUUGUGUUCACUGGUGACGCGUUACUGAUUCGGGGUUGCGGACGUACAGAUUUCCAAGGGGGAUCUUCCGAGACCUUAUAUGACUCAGUCCACAAACAAAUAUUUUCACUCCCAGAUGACUUUGUGAUAUUUCCUGCUCACAAUUACGUCGGAAUGACAGCGUCUACUGUUGGAGAAGAAAAGCUCUAUAAUCCUCGGUGA